GGAGCGUCGGGCUUGUAUCACGUGGGCGGUGUCAGAGUGACUUUGGUUCUAAUCACACUCGGGAUCAGCUGCUGCCGUUGCGCCUCGAAGCGGGGACGUGAAUGUUGGACGUGAAGUCUUAUUACAAAGAAAUAUCUACGUCUUUACGAAUCAGCGGAAAUGUACAACAACAUGCUGGAGGAUUUCGAUGAGGACCCAUUCUUUUCGGAUUCAUUCCGUGCUCAUAGAGAGCACAUGAGGCAGAUGAUGCGCAGUUUCUCCGAACCAUUUGGUUUCCCCUUUAGCACAAGCAUUACAGAUGGGAGAAACCGUGGCCGCGACAUGGCCGAACAUCCAAGGCCCCCUUUUGAUCGAAGAAACGAGCGUCGGUCGUCCUGUAAGCUGUCCAGUGCUUUCUCCUGAGGAAGCGCUGUGUUUACUAAAGAUUAGGCUCCAAAAACUGGCCACAUCUACUGUAACCGAUACUCCACUUGCAGAGGACAUGAUGCAGAACCAUUUCAGCAUGUUUGACAACGUGAUGUCCAACAUGAGAAAAAGCAUGGAAGAAAUGAACAGAGACUUUGACGUGUCACCAGAUGCAAAUGCCCACUCAUACAGGUCAUCAUCGGUAAUGUCAUAUUCAAAAGUUGGAGAUGAGCCUCCAAAGGUGUUCCAGGCAACUACGUCGACUCGCUGUGCCCCAGGAGGAAUAAAGGAGACACGCCAAGCUUUUAAAGACUCCGACAGCGGUCUGGAGAAGAUGAAAAUUGGACACCAAAUCAAGGACAGACGGCAUGUUGUUGAGAAGAGACAUAACAAGCAAACUGGAGAGGAAGAGAUUAAACAGGAUUUCGUGAAUAUGGAUGAAUCUGAAGCAAAUUCUUUUGAUGAUGAAUGGCAGCGGAAGGUAUCCAGGCUUCUGUCACCAGACCCCAUGCCUGGCCCAACACAACGUCAGCUUGGUAGUCCUGAGCAUCCCCGUAGAGGUCAUCGAAAGAAAAAGGCUGGGCAUAAAGGCUCAGGCAACACCAACUAGUACAAAUAUUGAUGCCUCUAUCUUUACGUCUAAUUAAAGCCAUUUACACAUCUCACAGUUCAAAGUGGUGCCUUCCUCUCACUUCAGAAACACACACCACAUGAAACAGAGAAAGAAUCUAUUGCAGUUGGACACAAAAUAUUACGUCACACAUAUGUGUUCUUUGAUGCACACACCGCAGUGUAUGUUGCAGUUUCCUUGUUCCAUCACAUCUGGUUUAAACUGAUGAAUAAUUAUCAAGCCUCUGAAAGGCUGGAUGUCAGUCUAUAGAGCUUCUUUUCAGGUACAACUGAUACAGCAAUAUGACUACAGGAUCACUAACUAAGCAGAUCAGAGUACCAUACUUUGAGUUCCUGUUUAGUUCCAAGCCACAAAGCAAAAUAAAUCAACAGACACUCUGAUGGAAGUAAAAGGCUGCAUUUAUACCCGAGUGAUAUUAUUUUGAAGGUUUUUUUUUGUUUUGUUUUGGGGGUUUUUUAUAAAGAAAAAAUUUAAAAACUGCAGCCUUAUGGUGUGUCACCAGCAUUUUUAUCAGGAAAUCUGAAAAAUAGAAUUUUACACAUCAUGUAAACAUUAUCUUUGUAGCUUAUAAAAAGGUAAUAAUGAUCCUACAUUCUUUGUUGUAAAAUAAAGCAAUGCACAUAGAAUAUAUCCGGUUUUGUUUUUAUUUAGCGUCUGGUUUAAAUACUGAAAUCUUUGUACAAACACACCUUAAUCUUUUUAUAUUGUUUGUUUUUACUUGUUGAACUUUGUGCUUUGUUGCGAAGUGUAGACGAGCGCAGGGAUUACUCUCACUAAAUGAUUUAUUCUUGUACGUUUUGUGUUAAAAGUGAGGUCUGCCAGUUCAGGAUGUCUGAAAAUAAAGUUGUGUGAAUGAACC